AUGAAAGAAUUGCUUCAUCAACGUUCAUUCAGUAAAGAUAAGAUUGAGGCUUGCAUGUCGGAUAAAAUCACCAUCAAGGAAAGAGAUCAGUAUUGUGCUAAAAGUGGUGAUCCAUUUGAUAUAAUAGCUAAUGCUUUAGAUGAAUUGGCAGAAGCUGGAGCCGAUCCUAAAAAUAUUUCAUUAGCUAAGGAUCCAACUACUACCGAAGAGUCUAAUGAAAUUCAGAAGAGGCAACUCAUACAGGGAUUAGCUAAUCU